AUGGCUUCCACCUCCACCUCGACUUCCACGACCACAGAGAGCACACCACUCAUCCACAAAAAGGCUGUAACAUUUAACCCGAAUCCUUCAGUGAUGGGCGCCGAUGGUACGACAUCACGCCAACCUCUAUCCGCGCUACCUGACAGCCCUCAAUUGCACCCCCCGAAACCCAAGCGUCGUAACAGCUACGGUGCACCUCACACGUUGCCCAACAUACCAGCAUCCAAGAUCGGCCCGCAACGAACCACGAAAAACGCCCAAAAGCUCAAGAUCCUCCCGAAUCCCGAUUUCGGGGAUGACGGCCCAGACGAAGAGAGCGGGCGAGAUGUCUAUUCUCAAUACACUCGAAUCAAAGACCCGACUGCUCGGCGAGAUGCAGCCAGGUUGGGAAAGGCGGACCGAGAUACAUUACCUCGAGUAACGGCAUACUGUACCGCGAAUACAUAUCGAAUGGACCCCCUGGAGCUUUUCUUGAAGUCGAAACGAAGUAAAGCUAGGGGAGCAAAACCAAAGCAGAUUGACGAAUGUAUAUACACGCCCUACAACUACGGCCGGCCGAUAUCUGAACGAGCUUUGGAGGUGCAAUCCAUGCCUGUGAGUCUUGGGGAGAGAAGACAUUCGGAUAGUGCCAUUGAAGAUACUGUCAGUCAUCCUCGAGAAGACCUUAUAGACCUACAUACUCAAGGUGGGGACACAAGUCUCAGCAACGGCUUAGAAGACGAGCCGAGAAUGCAUUCUGACAUGAUAUCCACCCACACCGCCAAUGCAGCCGUUCUCUCCUCAGACAACAUCGAUUUCGACACACAGAUUCACACUCCCGAAGUCUUCGUCUUCGAUUACGGCGUCGUGGUAAUAUGGGGCAUGACGCUAGAACAUGAACGGCGAUUUCUAGAGGAUAUCCAGCGCUAUGCGGUUGAUAAGCUGCUGAAAGAUGAUCGGGAAGAGGAGUGCUUUAAUUUUUAUUACACGAGGGAAUAUCAGGCGCGGAUAUAUAAUGAUUUCAUUACUCUGAGGGAUAAGAGUAAUUAUAUGACCAAGCUUGCCAUAUCGCAUGCAUUGGCACAAAGCGUAAAGACUUCACUCUUUGAAGCAAUGGUCGAUUCCACCAUCGAGAAAAAUAAAGACAUCCCCGAAGAAAUCGCCCAGACAGGCGCCAUAUCCUACACACGCACAGAAAUAAACCAGCAAAUCGGUGAGCUCUUCAACCUGCGCAUCAACAUCCAUCUCAACGGGUCCAUUCUCGACACCCCGGAAUUAUUCUGGGUCGAACCCCAACUCGAGCCUGUGUACCAGGCUGUUAGGAGUUAUCUGGAGAUGGAUCAGCGAGUCAGCUUGUUAAAUGGACGUUUGGAUGUUAUUGCGGAUUUGCUUGCCGUGUUGAAGGAUCAGUUGAGCCAUGGGCAUGGCGAGAAGUUGGAGUGGAUUGUAAUUGUACUUAUCGCGGCAGAAAUACUCGUCGCGGCUGUCAAUAUUGUAGUAGAUUUGUAUGCUGGUGUCGAUUAG